AUGAUGUCCAAAACUCGAGACACAGAGAAGGACAUUGAUGGAGGUUGUAUCCAUUUGGAGUAUUCAGAUGAUGGAACUGCACAUCCAACCAAGGAGGAAUAUGCACGGAAAAUCGACAGGCGGAUCCUACCGUUUGUGGCGCUGACCUAUCUGUUAUGCUACCUCGAUCGGACUAAUAUCGGAAAUGCACGAGUCUUGAACAGUGGCACCGGCGACGAUCUGAUGACCUCUAUUGACAUGAACGACCACGAAUAUCGCAUUGCCCUUAUGCUAUUUUUGGUGGCUUAUUCUCUAUUUGAGACACCAAGCAACUUAGCAAUGAAAAAACUCACUCCUCCAGUCUGGCUGGCAUUUCUUGUCAUUUGUUUCGGCGCCCUGUGUGCAGGAAUUGGAGGGUCAAAAAAUGCCUUAACACUCAUGGCUCUCCGAUUUCUCUUAGGUGCAUCCGAGGCUGGUGUUUACCCGGGAAUGAUCUUUUUUCUCAGCUUCUGGUACGGACCGCGUGAACGAGCCAUCCGAAUCGCUGUCUUUCUUUGCAGUGCCACGCUAGCAGGUGCUUUCGGGGGUGCUAUUGCCUACGGAGUAGCUCAUAUGAAUGGUGCCGGGGGCUUACAAGCAUGGCGGUGGCUUUUUAUUAUCGAAGGUUUACCAUGUCUCGUCCUAGCAGUUGCUAUUUUCUUUUUCCUGCCAAGCUACCCGGAAAAGGCCAAAUGGCUCACUGCGGAAGAUAAGGCCAUCCUCAAAGCAUCCUUUGGCAAUAAUGUGGCUCGAGGUGAGGACAAGCUCAACUGGGCUGAUGCAAAGGCGACUCUUAAGGAUCUUCGCCUCUGGGUUCACUAUGUCCUUUAUCUUUUUGUCGGAAUAGGUGUUUCGUCCCUCUCAUUAUUCGCUCCGGCAAUCGUUCAGGGAAUUGGAUACACUGGACUCCAGGCGCAGCUCUUCACCAUUCCACCUUAUGCAUGUGCAUAUGUUGUGGCUCUCACAGCGGCAUAUAUAUCCGAUAGAGUUGUAUGCCGAGGGUUGAUUGCUGCCCUAUUCGGGUUUACAGGAUUUGUUACGUUUCUCAUUCCCGCCUGCGUCCCGAGCCCAUCACUUCAUCUUCGUUACGGUAUGCUUGUGCUUAGUGCAUGCUCUGCUUUCGGGUCGCUACCCCCACUGUGUGCGUGGGUUUCGGACAAUGUCCACAGCACUACUGCGGCGUCGGUAGCAAGCGGGUUGAAUAUUGCAUUUACUGGACCAGGCCAAAUUAUAGGGGUGUGGAUCUACCAGAGUCAGCAGGCUCCUCAGUACCAGACGGGCCAUGCUGUCAAUGCCGCCAGUCAGUUCAUGGCAAUGGUGUUGGCAUUGGGCCUAUGGAUCUAUUACCGACGACAGAAUGCAAAGCUUGCUCCGGGUGAGCAGAAGUGGGUUGCAUAA